UUUCUUUACCAUUUUAAGAAAAAAUAUUAGUAUUCUCACAAGAUUGAAAAAAAUUAAAUUUAAGUGUAAAAAAUGAAUAGCAUUUCUUGCUAUUCUUGGUUCUUGAUUUUCACACUCAUUUUCCAUUCUUGCUUCAUUUAUGAAGUUUCUUCUGAUGAUGUGAAGAUUGAACCACCAAAAAGAGAAGCUCUAGAGAUUAUCAUCGGCGGCGGAGGUAGCUAUACUCCUCCGGCUCCUCCUCCUGAAGAUGUCGACGGAGCUCCUUCACCGGUGUGUCCACCACCGCCUCCACCUCCACCUAUGUGUCCUCCUCCACCUCCACCUAUGCAUCCUCCUCCACCUCCGCCUAUGCAUCCUCCUCCUCCGCCGCCUAUGCAUCCUCCUCCUCCUCCACCUCGGCCGCCUUCUCCGCCGCAUCUUCCUCCAAAUAUUAUAAGAGAUUACAACACAAUUCAAAGAUUCAAGAAAACUAUCACUGACGAUCCUUUUCAUAUAAUAGAUUCAUGGAAAGAAGGCGUUUUCAAUGUCUGUGCAAGUUACCAAGGUUUUGCCUGUGACAUACGGCCGGACAAUGGACUUCUUUCAGUGGCAGCAGCAGAUUUUAACGGCUACAAUUUUAACGGCCCAAAUUUUCAGCUUAAAUAUUUUCUUGAUCACUUGUUUGAUCUAGCCCUCUUCCAUGCCAACUCAAAUAAUUUCACCGGCGGUGUUCCACAAGGUAUAGAUAUCAAGAACAUCAACUUCUUCUACGAGCUUGAUCUCAGCAACAACAAGUUUUCCGGCGGUUUUCCGAUGUCAGUCCUCCAAGCAAAAAAUUUAACGUUCUUGGACAUCAGAUUCAACACUUUUUACGGUUCAAUUCCGAGCCAAGUGUUCGAUCUUGAUUUAGAUGUUAUUUUCUUGAACAACAAUCAAUUUGAUCAGAACAUUCCUGGUAACAUCGGGAACACUCCGGCAUUAUAUCUUACGUUUGCUAAUAAUCGUUUCACCGGUGAAAUUCCGAGAAGCAUCGGAAGAGCUAAAAAUCUUCUCGAGGUACUUUUCUUGAAUAACAAGUUAACUGGUUGUUUGCCGUACGAGAUAGGGUUUCUGAGAAAAACCACAGUUUUUGAUGUUAGUUGUAAUAAGCUGACGGGUCCAAUUCCACAUUCUUUUGGGUGUUUGGCGAAAAUUGAGUACUUGAACUUAGCCAAGAACCAAUUUUAUGGUCCCGUACCGGAAAUGGUGUGUACGCUUUUGAAUCUUCGGAACUUUUCGCUGGCCGGAAAUUAUUUUACGCAAGUCGGACCUGAAUGCAGAAAAUUGAUUCGGAUGAAGAUUCUUGACAUAAAAAACAACUGCAUUUUGGGUCUUCCGAAUCAGAGAUCGCCCGAAGAAUGUACAAAAUUCUUUUCGACACCGAAGCAAUGCGCUAAUGAUAAGUCAAUGCUAUAUAUACCUUGCCAAAAGAAAGGGUAUUUGAGUUCAUCACAAACUGUUUACCAGCAAUCUGCCAUUGCGGCUGUUCCGGCUGCAGCUCCGCCAAGAUCGUACGAUGCUCUUGCACCGGAUAGUAAGAUUCGAUUUGAAAAAAGAAAUUAGAUCCAUCUAUAAUGUGUUUGAUGGUUACUUAUUGUGGGUACGAAAUUACACUUUUAUAUGUGUUUAUAGUUUCAUAUAUGGUUCAUGAAAUAAUUGAUUAAUUCAAUGUAAUUUGUCUUCCAGCAAAUGAAAGUUCACAUCUUAGUAUAA